AUGAUAAAGCAAUAACUUUUGUAAAUUGGUUCAGUUGAUUCCUAUUUCAAUAAUCAUACUUCUUUAUUCUAAAAAUUUUGUCCUAAUCCAUUUGUGGCUUAAUAUUCAAGCGAAUUUUAAAUUAGUUGUCAAAACAGGCUAGUAAUCAAACAAAUGUCUAUAAGUGAAAAUUUUAUCAAAAUUGGAGAGGAUGUAAUAAAAUUUAAAGAAUAUAAAGAAAUACAUAAAUUUAGCUAAUGUUUGUAUGUAAAAAAUAGUUCAUCCAAAAACAGGAUUAUUUGGAGUUAAGCUAAGUAAAAAUGGUGUAAGUUUUGAAAUUUUUGGUUAACUUGAUGAAUGGAUAAAUGUGAUGAAGAAAUAUACAAUAUAACUAGAUUUUGGUUCAAGAUAUUAACUUUAUAACAAAUUAGGGGAAGGAUAUUCAACAAUAGUAUAUCUUGUUUAAUUUAAUUUAUAGAUUUAUAAAGCAAGAAAUUAAGUAACUAAGUAAGAAUAUGCAGUUAAAGUAUUUGAUAAAAAUAGAUUAUUGACAAACAAUUAUGAAUCAAAAAAUUUUCUUAAAGAGUUGAAAAUAACUCGAUUAUUGGAACAUUCUCAUCUUCUAAGUUGUUAUGAAGUUUUUGAAAGCAAUAAUCAUAUUUAUUUAUUAUAGGAAUAUCUAAAAGGAGAAAAACUUUCACAAAUAAUAUAAAAUUCAAAACCACUAAAGGAAAAUUAAGUCUAAAUUGUUAUGGAACCUCUGUUUUAAGCUGUCUAGUAUUUACAUAAUCUUAAUAUAUAUCAUAAAUAAAUUUGCACUUCAAACAUAAUACUUAAAUAAAAACGUGAUUUAUCUAACCCUUGUUUAAUUGGUUUUAAUUAAGCUGAAUAAUUUUAUAAUCCUGAAAAUGAUGAUUAUCAAUAUUUAUAAGUAAAUCAAGAAAAAUAAAAGUAAUAUUAUAACAAAUAUGAUGUGUUGUCCUUGGGAAUUGUGAUGCAUAAUUUGUUAACUGGAAAUAAUUCUCAAUUUGAAUAGACUAUAAAUGAUGCUAUGAUGAAUAAAUUUUAAGGAACACUUGAUUUUUAAUUUAUUGAUCCACCUUUAUCUGAUUAAUGCUUUGAUUUUUUAACAAUUAUUUUUAAUUAAGGUUAGUAAAUUAGAACAUGUAAAUAAUUAUUACAACAUCCAUUUUUCAAUAAAGAGAUUCAAAAAUCUAUUUAAAAUAUUUCUAUUUAAUUUCUUGGAACACUUAAUUAAAGUUAGAAUAUGUUUAGAAUUAAUACAAAAAAAUAAUAAAUGUCUCCAAAAACUUCAAGAGAUAUUAAAGUGGUUCCAAUUAGAAAAUAAUUUAAUUUAAUUUCAAAAAGUCCUUAAGAAAAGUUUAACAAUGUAAACAGUGAUUACUUUGAACCUCCAAAGACUCAUUUGAUGUUUAGAAGAGGUAGUAGAUAAAAGAGAACAUUGAAUUUUAAUUAAAAUCGCGAUAGAAGUAAUGAUUCCGCAAAUUGA